CCUUUUGACAUUGAGGACAUUCUACCGAUAUCAAUAUGCACAUACCGGCUUGCUGUGGAACAUGUUCGUCUUGUAAUCUUCAGCAAGUCACACAUGUCUGUAGCUCCAGUCGUGUUACACUUUCAAACUUUCGCUUUUUCUAUUGUACCACGCCCUAUGUGAGAGCAUUUGUUCGUUUUGUUCCUGUUUUUCUUUAGCGGCUUUUUUCAAUGGUGUGUUUGCAAAGCAAUGUAGAAAUCUCGAAGGUACUGUUUUGUUGCUGCGAUUAGAUAAAUAUAAGGAAAGGUAUAUGUAAUGAACUCCACACACCAAACACAUUCGUCUUUGGGGCACCAACGCAGCACAGUCUGGUCGCCUCUUCUUCACAACAUGGGAACAACGAAAGAGGGACUAUUGUACAGGAACAUUCGAAUCUUGAACGUACCAGUCUUUGUUGCCAUUUUUGUUCUGGUUAUUUCUAAUGGCGUAGUAACGAGAGCGGCUGUGGAACUGCUGAAGAACCCCGGGUUCGAGAAUGGAGUUACGUCCUGGUCCCAUAACGGGUUUAGCAUGGUCACCACAACGGAUCAAGUGCAUGAAGGGCGUGUAGCCGUCAAGUGUACCGGCAGGACUCAAUCUUGGAUGGGUCCUGCACAGGACAUUCAGAUCUCCCGAGGCAAACAUUACGUGUUCAAGUCUUACAUAAGGCUCAUCAAUGACCUUCCUGGGAGAAUGUUCCAGAAAGCCGUCAUGAAAAUCAGCUUUACUUUGAAAGACGGUUCCAAGAAUUACUUCCCUGUUUGCUCCCGACCUUACCUGACCACAGCUGACGGGUGGACCAUGCUGGGUGGUGACUUCAUACCUCCCAACUUUGAAUGGACUCAAGCAUCUCUGUACUUGGAAGGUCUUCUUCCAGGAACUGAUUACUACUUUGACGACGCCUCUCUCACUGAACUGCCCUCUAACCCGAACUGGGAGCGGGAAGCAAAUGAAAGAAUUGAGAAUUUCAGGAAAAGCAAUUUGCAUGUAAACGUUAGUCUCUCCUCUGGUUUUCGGCCCGACGACGUGACGGUGGAGAAUUGUAUUGUAAGUGCCGUCCGUACCACUCUUUCCAUAAACGAAAUUGCAACAACAAAGAAAACUCCUGAAACUAUUUCCCUUGAUCAGAUCAACCACCUGAAGCACUUGUUUGCCUGGGGCUCCGUGGUCAAACCAGAUUUGUUCUUGGAGUCGGACUAUGCUCAAUAUCAGCAAGUUUACUACCACAUGUUCAACUGGGCCACGGUACAGGACUACAAGUGGCGAUUUAACAGGGGCAAUAGGACUAAUCCAGACUACAGGGUAGCUGUAGCAGCCACUGAUGUCCUCAAUCGUAACGGGAUCAAAGUGCGAGGUCACUGCAUGUUCUGGGCUGUCCCAUUCAAUAAUCCUGAGUGGAUCAAGGGACUGUCCGCUCAGGAAUUCAAAACAACCGUGGAUGAUCGCAUUGCUUACAUGACGGCACAGACAAAGAACAAAUUGGCUCACUGGGACGUGAACAACGAGCUACUUCAUGGCUAUUUUUACGAGGAGCACUCAGGAAACCCUCUCUACACGGAGCACAUGUUCCGGGAGAUUCACGCAGCUGACCCAAAACCCACACUCUUCCUCAAUGAGUACAAUGUGGUGAAGAGCGGUGAAAUGACGCAGAGCUAUUUGACCCAGAUCCUGAAAUUCAAGGCGGCCAAUGUUGGCCUUGGCGGGGUCGGAGUACAAAGUCAUCUCAAUGAUUACGAGGAGCCCAACCCUGACAGCAUCAACUACCGUCUUAAUGUUGUGGCAAAAGGAGGUCUGCCCAUUUUUGUAACCGAAUUAACUCUGGGUGUUCGCGAUCCACACACCAAAGCUGACUGCUGAACGAGUCCGGCAAACGGUUUCUGAAGCUAACCAAGGAGACUUGGAGCACCCACGUGAACCAGUCCCUGGCCUCUGGAACUUCCUUUAACCUGCGCGCAUUCCAAGGCGACUACGAGGCUGUGGUCUGGUACAAGGGCAAGCCGAUAAAGAGGACCACCUUCAGUCUGGGCACACAGGACAAAACAGUUUCUAUUUCUGUUUCUGGCAACGGCAAUGCGAUUCAAUUACCCAAGAAGAUAGACCCGUUCUCCAUGAAAGUCCAGAUCAACCCACAGACCACACGGGCUAACCUGCGUACUCUGGGUCAGGCCAGCUCGACGUCACAGAACUCACAACUCACGUGCACCACGCGCAGGUCACCAACCUCUGCUGUCGGCGUCAGUAAAACUACUCAAGUCACGUGCCAGGGAGAUGAGAUCCUCACCGGCUGUUCUAGUUGGCUCAAGGAUAGCGACUGGCACCGUGAUGGGGAAGAAAUCCUUAUGUCCGGUGGAAAGCAGGCGUGCCGAGCAAUGAAUGGAUACGGAUCUUCUGCAGGGGUUGAGGCCGUGGCUCGAUGCUGCAGUGCGCAGGGUCUGAAAUGUGAGUACCGCACGGCAGGACCCUCUGGUACUGGGAUGGACGACAAGGUGGAGGUGCCUUGUCAGGGGCAGGCAUAUGCUUUAGGCUGCUCCACACUCGCCUACUCCCACAACUCUGAUGGCUCUAUAUUCACCAACACCUCAUGUAUGGGACAAAACGACUACCCAAGGGACGGUGUGUACUCCUACGCGGCGUGCUGCCAGAGUCCCAACCUCCAAUGUCGCACAGUGACUUCCGGGACGAGUGGCAAGAAACAGUCGGAUCAGGUUGGGGUCACGUGUCCUAAAGGUUACGUCAUGACGGGAUGUAACGUCUUCUCACAGUAUGGGAAAACUGGGGGCGCCUUUAUCAACCCCAACGUUGCGGGCACAGAUACAUGUGUUGCUGUGAAUGGAGCCGAGAAGUUUGGACCCGAGACGGGGGUCCAGGCGCAGGCCACCUGCUGUCGGACCUAGACUGAGAAGUACCACUCUGGGCUGUCACUGUGGACUGCUGGAAACGCCACUGCAAGGAAUCCCCUUUUCAUAUCUUACCGUGACUGUUUACAGAAGCUGGGGUACAUUCUUUUGUUCGUUUCUAGGCCUGCAAAUAAAGAAUUUGAUUUAGAUUAUAAAAUAUUCAUGUUGAGUUAGUGCCUCAAAGUCGAAAUGAUUGAACUGUGUGCCUGGAGGGACUAUUUUCGAUGAAUUGCAUUAUCUGUACAUUCUGCUAUCGCAAUACAGAGUUAUUCCUUUUCUCAUUUCAAA